AUGGAGUCCCACCUCCAGACGCACCACGGCCGGAUCCCAUGCAUAUAUGGAAGGAACUCCAUACCGCCACUAGAAGAUGCCCCGAGGCCGCACGGACCUGCCGUGGUGGAAAAUUUGAAUCACGGUAACCACCCACAUAUCCAAGAGGGAAUCGGGGAAAGCGAGAACCACCAAGGCCCUCCUAGGCCUCGACCCUCCUAUUCCUCCGGCAGCCGAUUAAGAGCCGCCGGACUCCGAGGUGUUGAGGAGCUGCCCCAAAAUCCUGGAGGAAACCAGCCAGGAGACUCAGGGUCGGUACAGGCGGGCGGCCAGGCCAGGGGCGGACCCAUUGCUCAAAGGACGGAAGUGCCGAGAGCUGCUGGCUCGGCCGUUUCAAUAGAGGAAGCGCGAACCCUCAUGGAACGCAUGGUCAGCCUGGAAAGAAAACUGACGGGGGACGUGGCAGGUCUGAAAAAGAACAUUGGACGGGUGGCCGAGGUGGUAAACGUCGACAUUACGCCCAGUCGCACGCAUGACCAUCCAUUCACCGCAGAAAUAAUGGCGCCUCCUCUCCCCGACAAAUACAGGUCGCCGUCGAUCCCACCAUAUGACGGGCGAGGAGAUCCCGACGACCAUUUGGAAAUGUACACAGGGCAUAUGCUCUUGCAUGGAUACGCCGAGGAGAUCAUGUGCCGAGCCUUUCGGAACCACCUAACAGACUCUGCCCGAAGAUGGUUCCGGACGCUAAAGCCAAACUCUAUCUCCAGCUGGGAUGAGCUGAAGGAAGCAUUCUCCCUCCAGUUUAUAGGAGUUAAAAAAUACGUACCCCCGAAGCAGAAUUUAACGACGAUAUACCAAAAGCCAAAUGAAACGUUAAGAGAGUGGCUUGCCAGAUACGGCGAGGCUGUCACCGCUACAAUGGAUAUAACGGACAGAGAAGCCUUGAUGGGGGCAUUAUCCAGCAUGAAGAAAAUAACUCCCUUCAAAAGGGAACUGAAUCGAAUACCCCCGUCCAGCUAUAAGGAGUUCCUUGCACGAGCACAAGGAUACAUCAAUGCUGAAGAAGCAGAUGCUAACGACCCUGAUCAUAGGUCCAAUAAGGGUAAAGGGGCCGAGCAGGGGUCGGCGCCAUCAAAGCAGGACGAAAAGAAGCGUCGAGGAGGGGGAAGCGGAGACAAGCAACCAACCCCGACACAAGGAACACCAGAGGCCAAGAAGCCAAGGCAGGAGGAUGCCCGCAGGCCUCGGUUGUUUCAGAAAUAUGACACCUACCAUGAACUAAUGGUAGGCGUCGAGGAGAUCUACAACCAGGUCGGCCGCGGAAACUUGCUGCGCCGACCAGAACCAAUAAAGUCGGAUCCCAGCCGAAGGAACCCGAAGAAAUUCUGUAGGUUCCAUGGCGAUGUCGGCCACCACACCAAUGAUUACGCUGACCUCAAGGAUGAAAUCGAAAGAAUAAUCCGCGAGGGAAGGCUGCAGGAAUUCAGGGCCGAACGGAGACCCCGCAACGACGGCCAUGGCGGGCAAAAUGACGGCAGACGCCAAGAGGAGAACCAUCGCCCAGAAGAUCGGGAACCUGUUGGUGUCAUACGAACGGUCCUCGGCGGCCCCUACAUAGGAGGAGACAUGCGGAGGUCACAGAAGGACUACGCCCACGAGGCCAAGGGGGUUUACCAGGAACGAUUUUGGAGCGUCUCCGCCGCAAAAACCCCAAAGCACAGCCACACUGACGUGGCCUUCAACGAGGAUAACGCCAGCGGAGUCCAUUUCCCCCAUAACGACGCGCUGGUGGUGGAAGCCAUGAUCGGGAACCACACCGUGUGUCGAAUCUUGGUGGAUAAUGGGAGCUCAGUGGACCUCCUAUAUUCUGACUGCUUGGAAAAAAUGGGGAUCCACAAGGGGUGGUUGGAAAGGACAUCCAGGCCACUAUACGGGUUCACUGGAGACUCCGUCAUCCCUCAAGGAACUAUCCGGCUACUUAUAACCGCGGGAGAAAAACCCCGACAGGCGACAACGAUGGCCAACUUUGUGGUUAUCAAAGGAGGCUCUCAAUACAACGCAGUAAUCGGGAGACCAACCCUCUAG